AUGCUGGACAACAAGAAGGCAGAGGCUAGUAUGGCCUAUGACGACGAGCGAACGAGCCCCCAUGGGUCGGUUUUUGAGGAAAAAGAGGUCUUCAAGAAGACCGAUACUGGAGUCAACUUCCGCAAAGUUGGGUGGUUCAAUGCGGGCGUGAUCUUCAUUAAGAUCCUCUUUGCGACAGGGGUGUUGUCACUACCAUCAGCGCUAUAUUCACUGGGUGCCGUGGGAGGUUCGAUUAGUAUCGUGGCUUGGGGAUGCUUCAAUACCUACUGUUUUGUUAUUCUAGGCAACUUUCGCACAAAACAUCCUCACUGCCAUUCGAUCGCUGACAUGGCUGAGGUCGUCGGAGGCACAAUUGCAAAGGAGGCGACGGGGUUAUUGUUCAUUAUUGCUUAUGUCCUGGUGACAGGUAGUGGAAUUAUUGGCGUGUCGACCGCGCUAAAUGCCCUUUCACACCACGCCGCGUGCACUGUCUGGUGGUCAUUUCUUGCCACGGUUGUCAUUAUCGCGACCGCCUCCAUUCGCAAACUUGAGCAUGUGGGCUGGCUCACCUAUGCUGGCUUUAUUUCUAUUUAUGCCGCCGUACUAAUCGUUGUGAUCGGGGUAACCACACGAGACCGGCCAGCAGCCGCACCUCAGGAGGGCCCAUAUGACCUAGGCUUCGUGGCCAUCAAUAACCCCGGGUUUGCGGCCGGCAUGGUGGCCUCCUGCACAAUCUUCGUGUCGUCAGCCGGCACCAGCGCCUUUCUGCCUGUCAUCUCGGAGAUGCAUAACCCAAAAGAUUACAAGAAGCCACUAUACUUCUGUAUGGCUCUUGUCACCGCUUCGUACCUCGCCUUUAGCUUGGUCGUCUAUCGCUGGUGUGGGAAGUGGGUAGCGAGCCCAUCUUUGGGGAGUGCAGGACAAACGAUCAAGAUGGUAUCUUACGGUGUUGCCUUGGUGGGAUUGAUUGUGAGCGCCACACUUUACCUGCAUGUGGCGGCCAAAUAUGUCUUUGUACGUAUACUAGGAAAUUCGCGGCACUUGCAGGCCAACACAGUCGUUCAUUGGGGUACUUGGAUUGCAAGCACGGUUAUCCUCGGUGCCCUUGCGUUCAUCCUGGCGGAGGCGAUUCCGAUCUUCAACUAUCUCAUUGCCCUUGUGGGCUCCGUGUGUUUUGCCCCACUCGCCAUGAGCCUUCCGGGCUGGCUGUGGCUAUACGACCACUGGCAUUACAAGAACGGUACCAUGAAAGACAAGGCUGUGUUCGUCCUGCACUGCGGCCUGGUGCUGCUGGGUCUUUUCUUUUUGGUUGGAGCGACGUACGGCGUCGUAAUUCAGAUUGUUGAUGCCUACAGCUCCGGGACUAUUGGAAAUCCUAUAACUUGCUCGCCAAAUUCAUAG